AUGGGAGUCGAACUCGACGACAUCAAACCAUCCUCCAGAACAUUAACAGGCUUCAACGGGUCGUCCGAAACAAUACUGGGAACAAUCCGCCUUCCGGUACGUGCAUGUGGAGUCACUCGGACUGUCAAGUUUGCCGUUGUAAGCACGAAGGCCCCUUACCACGCCAUACUUGGAACCCCCCGGAUACACUCAAUGCAGGCCAUUCCAUCUACAUAUCACCAGUGUGUCAAGUUUCCCGGUACGGACGGAAAAAUCAAACGAACCCCCUGGAUACACUCAAUGCAGGCCAUUCCAUCUACUUAUCACCAGUGCGUCAAGUUCCCCGGUACGGACGGAAAAAUCAAAACAUUGCGAGGAGAUCAAAAAGUCGCUAGGGAACUCCUAGUCGCCACAGUUAAACUCCAACGAUCAUCUUUACCGGUUAACUCCGUCACUCCUCCAACCUAUAAAGCCUGCUCCCAGGAAGGCGAAAUUCUCGAGUUACCUAUUGACGAUACCAAUCCAAGCCGAACCGCAAGGAUGGUCAAGCCUAUCCGACAGAAGCGACGCAAGCUCGGUCCAGAUAGGUCAAAGGCUGUAAACGAAGAGGUCGACCGGUUGCUCGGCGCUGGUUCAAUUGCUGAGGUGCGCUACCCUGAGUGGUUAGCAAAUCCAGUAGUCGUCAAAAAGAAGAACGGGAAGUGGCGCGUCUGUGUCGACUUCACAUACUUAAAUAAAGCCUGCCCAAAGGACAGCUAUCCUCUUCCCAGCAUCGACCAUUUAGUCGAGUCCACGGCUGGAAAUGAGAUGCUCACUUUCAUGGACGCUUUCUCUGGGUACAACCAAAUCAUGAUGCACCCCGACGAUCGCGAAAAAACGGCAUUUAUCACGGAUAGAGGAACCUACUGCUAUAAGGUCAUGCCAUUCGGUUUGAAGAACGCGGGAGAAACCUACCAACGGCUUGUGAACAAAAUGUUCGCAGACAAGCUGGGCGUCACCAUGGAAGUAUACAUCGACGAUAUGCUUGUCAAGUCGCUACACGCUGCUGAUCACCUCUGUCACUUGAAAGAUUGCUUCGAAACCCUCAACAGAUACGGCAUGAAACUGAACCUAGCAAAGUUUAUCUGGGACGAGAAAUGCGAGGAGGCAUUUAUGCAACUCAAGCAUUAUCUGACAACUCCACCCGUUCUCGCCAAGCCAGACGUCGGCGACGUUCUAUCUCUUUAUGUCGCAGUAUCACAAGCAGCAGUCAGUAGCGUUCUAAUAAAAGAGGAUCGUGGUGAGCAAAAGCCAAUCUUCUACACGAUCAUCGAAGCGGCGAGAAAGCUUCGCCCUUACUUUCAGUCACAUUCGGUUGAACUAUUAACCGACCAGCCCCUCCGAACGAUACUUCAAAAUAGAAACAGGUCCGGAAGACUAACGAAGUGGGCUAUCGAACUCGGUGAGCUUGAUAUCACUUACAAGAACAGAACUGCAGCGAAAUCUAAGGUUCUCGUAGACUUCUUAAUCGAAUUGGCCCCGGAGUUAGAGCAAGAUCUCACACUCCCAAACCCAAACUGGACACUGCAUGUCGACGGAUCUUCGACUAACAGGGGCGCAGGUGCUGGAGUUCAACUGCAAUCCCCGACCGGCGAAUUGAUCAGGCAUUCUUUUAGCUUCGGCUUUCCAGCCUCGAACAACGAAGCAGAAUACGAAUCUUUGAUCGCUGGACUCCGCUUAGCAAAAUCUGUCAAGGCCAAACGCCUAAGCGCCUACUGCGACUCGCAGUUAGUCGCCAGUCAGUUUAGCGGCGAUUACGACACCCGCAACGAUCGGAUGGACGCCUACCUCAAGAUCGUACAGGGCUUAGCCGCAGAGUUCGAAUUCUUCAAACUCGUCAAAGUUUCCAGAGGAUAA